AUGAGUGGCCUUGGUACCCUUGAAGUUGAUAGCGGGGAGCUGUACAAUGCUGAUUCUAUCCUCAGCAGCGAAGCAGAAAGUCGCUAUAGCCCUUCGCUGCACAGCUACAAUUACGAAAAUGGCCGCCGAUAUCAUACAUACCGUGAUGGCUCGUAUAUGAUUCCCAACGAUGAAAGAGAGCAGGAGCGUCUCGAUCUAGCACACCAUAUUAUGAAAAUGCUUUUACGAGGUCGUCUACAUCGAGCAGUGUUUCCCCAGCCGCCACGUCAAGUGCUUGAUUGUGGAACCGGCACAGGGUCAUGGGCAAUUGACUUUGCCGAUGUAAACCCGGAAAGUCUGGUCGUUGGAAUCGAUCUGUCUCCCAUCCAGCCUAGCAAUAUCCCGCCUAACUGCCGGUUUUUUGUUGACGAUGUCGAGUCUCCCUGGACUUUUGAUUCUAAAUUCGAUUUUGUGCAUGGCCGGGCUAUGGGCGGGUCAAUCAAGGAUUGGGAUACAUUGCUUCAACAGGCCUUUGAGAAUAUGAAUGAGGGCGGCGUGAUUGAAUUGCAAGAAUUUGAGGCAUUUUAUAAAUCAGACGAUGGCACCUUGGAGCGCACAACUGCAAUCCCAAUCUGGACGCGACAUCUAAACCGGGCGACUGAAAUGAUCGGCCAACCUAUGAACUGUGCAGAGACGAUGAAAGAGCGACUGGAAAGUCGGGGUUUUGUAGACGUGCGAGAUGAUUUAUAUAAGGCGUUUGAGGCACUAGAGGCAUUUACACUGGCGCCAUUCACGCGUGUCCUGGGCUGGUCGAAGGAGGAAAUGCGCGAAUUGAUGGAGCGUGUUAAAGCAGAAUUAUCGUCUGCGCGGAACCAUUUAUACGUGCUUAUACAUUUCACUCAUGGUCGAAAACCAGCCAGCAAACCUUGA